UGGUGCUUAUGUGUCAAUGAUAUAUGCCAAGUCGUGUUAAUUUAUAUAUAUAAUAUGGGCAGGCAAAAGUUACAAUUUUUGGUGAAAUUUUUUGCAGCUUAACUUCCUGCUAAUACUUGAGCAUAAAUUAAAAAAAUUAAACAAAAUAAUUACAAAAACAAGAGCGAUUUUCUUAUUCCUCCCACCGUGCCCCUCUUCUCUCUAAACCUUGUCUCUCAAAAAUGGAUUCCUUCUUCUUCUUCUCUUUGCUAGUCUGCCCCUUCGUCUUUCCUCCCUGCUGACCCCGACGCCUCUCCAACGCCGUCCAUCUCUGCCGUCUUCGUCGCCUAUUGCGCUCACCCAAAUUCGUUGUUUCUAUUUGCUGCCUCUCUCAAUAAACUCUCCAAUUAAUCACAAGUAUUCAGUUUCUUUUAUUUUUUCUUCUUUUUUUUAUUUUUUGUUUGGUGUUCUCUUGAGUGGUGGUUUUAUCUUAUUAAAUCAAUGAAGGGUUAUUCUGCUUUGCAUAGUAUUAUUUCUAAGAUUUGAUUUUACACAAAGCAAUGUAAGCUAUGAUUGGAGGGCUUGUAUAUAUUAUCAUCAACAAGCUAAGGACUCCAUACGCUACCCCAGGGACCUUUAUGUGUACUAUGUGUUCUCUUAUUGUAAAUUUAUAUGACGUCCACAAUUUACAAAAGUGGUUGUUGUUCUACUUGGAUUUGAGUUACACUACACUCUAAUCAUUUUCUGAUUUAGCUUCACACGCACACAUAAAUAUAUAUAAAUAUUUAUAUAUAAAAUUUGAUCAUUGAGAAAACGAAUUUCAUAGAAGAUUGCUUUAUGAGGUUACUAGUAAUAUUUGUUUUAAAUAAUUAUGUUCUGACCCCAACGAAAAUCACUUAUUUAUAUUCAUAUUCCAUACCUAGCUAUAGGAGAUUUCAUAAUAAGCAGCUCCAUCUCCGGUGCCUUUAUUAAUCAUAUUAUUAUGUUAUUAAACUUUACAAAACACAAUUUUCCUUUAUGGAUUUUGCUUCAACAUUAUAAAAUUAUGUCUCUAUUAGUCCAUAACAUAUAUAUAAACUUAGUUUUUGUAAUAUAUAAACUACUUGUUCUGAACAUGGUGUACCUCCAAUGGAACUUUAUUUUUCAUUGUAUCUUUCUAGUAAUAUCAUAUACUUUUCUUGGAGUUAACAUUUUUCAAAAAGGCUAGUGAAGCUGCUUUACAUUGUUGGCUUAAGAACAACAGGUGCAUGUAUGCAACUGAUUACCUUUAAUUGAUAGCAAGCUUAUGAUUGAGUGAUAGCUAUACAAUAACUGUACGUCCUGAAAUUCAGCACGAGCCUUUUUGAUAGCUUAGGUACAGUGGGCUAGCCAAGGACUGUAAUGGAUGAGCCACAAGUUCAUAUUUCCUCUGUAAGGGUAGCGCGAUUCCCCAGGUAAAUAGCACGAGCUGAUGAAUACAAAGCAAUAGGCAUGAUCUGGAAACACUUAUGAAGCAAAGCAUUCGAGACACGAGCUGAUACUACGCUCAGCUCAAAUACGCUAAAGAUCUGCCAUGUCCAUGGAUCUUUAUAAACCUGGAUACGUUAUAUAAACGUGCAUGAUUAGACACAACAUGUUCGUUCAUCCCUGAAUUCUCGGACAUGUAAUAUAAUCAUGCAUGAUCAGACAUCACAUGUCCGAUUAUGCCAGAUGAUCAUGAUCAGUUUUACCUAAUGAUUAGACCAUACCUUAAUAUAAAUUGUUAUAUUCAUCAUUAGUACAAGACAGGUCACACGAGGGAUUUGUAUUCGCGUGAUGACCCCAACGUCUACCCAGGGACCAAGACCUUGGAUAGGGGAGGGGGUUGAUUAUUUUUCUGUAAUGCAAAUACUCUGUCAAACUAUAGAGAGAUAUACAGUAAUAAUACAAACUCGUGGACUAGGGGAAUUUUAACCUCCGAACCAUGUAAAAAGGAACGAGUGUUCUUGAUAUUUCGUUUCUAGUGAUUUUAAGUAUCAUUUUCUUAUUACGAUUUAUCAUUAAGCACUAAUCCAUCCCAGCUAUAUUUUCAUAAUAAAUUGUUGGCGAAAAACUGAGUCAAUAGUUUGGUGCUUUCAUUGAGAGCUACAGAUUAGUGCUAUUGUGAAAGAUUUAGGUCAAAGUUCACCAUGGUGGUUACUCGCUCGAGACAUGGUAAUGAGACGGAUCAGCCUGGUGGGCAGGAGGCUCACCAUACUACUGUUUCCGAUGAACAAAACCCUGAAGUCCAGCAGCGUUGAGGAAAGCAACCGAUGGGCCACGACGACACUGGGAGUUCAGCGUCAUUCCCGCUGAAUCCAAACCCGGAUUACUUGACUGUGGUAGAGUUGGAAAACAUGCAGUUAAGGAGCCAUUUAGCCAAAGCUAACAAACAAAUCGAAGAGGCUUUGGCUCGGCUACCCCCUCUUGUAACCGACGUUAACGUCAGAAAGAGGCAAGGUGGGACUCAUAAGUCCCGCCGGGAUAGUCGACCCAGGCCAAGUAGGUCGGUUAGGACCUCGACCUCGAGUUCUAUGCCCAUGGCGCAAGAUCACCAAGAAAUCUCGUUUGAUGGCUUCCUAGGAUCAUCGACGAAUUAGCCAGUCGGUUAAAACCUCAACCCCGAGUUCAGUAACACCGUCAAAUGCACCUGGAAAUGCCCACAGCAACCCACGAAGAAGGUCUAGGGAAAACUCGCAAAGAUGGCAUGUUCCAGUCGACCUUCCUGUGCCACGAUAAAAUCGCCAGACAUAGAGAGUCGGAAAUGGCGGAGCAGAGUGACUGUGGGCUAAUUUGCUCCGACCUGACGGGACAAGAAUUGCCUCGCCAAUUAGACAUCCCCCGUCGCCCAUAAGGCAUCCAACACAACCUCAUUUUCCUCGAAACAUUCCUACCUAUGGGGACAUCAGGAGGAAUCCUCCUCCUGCUGCCCCUACCUAUGCCCCACAAGCAAGCGGAAAUGUCCCAGGUCCUCAUCCUCAACCAUAAGCUUUAAGUUUCUCUAAUGGAAGUUAUUGGACGGAGGGCCGUCGAAGUGGUAGGACCGAUGCAGAUUUGAGAAAUCAGUUGAGUUCGGCUCAGAGCCCUCAAGUUGAUCCACAGACCGAUCUAUGAGAUCGCCUGAAUUCACAAAGGAGAAAUCCAGCUCGCGAUGGAGUCAGUGGCACUCACCACAACUGAAGUCCUUCUGAAGUACGUGAUAACAGGAACGUCCCACCAAACCAAGCUCGAGCUUGGAGGGACAAUAACCCGCGAAGCGCGUACGACCGAAUGGGAGCUGUUGAACAACCCCAGGAAACCAAGGACCGAACCCUUGAGAGGUUAGCCCAGAUGGAGGAGCUGGGGAAAAGACUCCUAUCAGAGAAGGAAAAAGACGAAUAUGACUCAGGGGGUGAGCUCGAGCUUUUCGCCCCUAACAUCACAGCAACAACAUACCUGCCAGGUUUCAGGAUGCCCCAUUUGUCAAAAUUUGAUGGAGAUGGAGAUCCAUCCGACCACUUGGAAAUGUUCAACACCUUGAUGAUGACCUAUAAUAUUGGACCCAAGCUGAGGUGCCUGGUAUUCCCCUCGACUCUGGUCGGGCCGGCUAGGAAUGGUUCAAGCAAUACAAAAAGCAUUCUAUCAACUCGUGGAAGAGUUUCUCCACUGACUUCAAGAGGGCAGUCCAGGCUUCUCAGGCGGAUUGCAUCAAGGCGGACUCCCUUGCAAAUGUAAAUUAGUAGCCCAGAGAACCUCUGAAAGCAUAUCUGAAUAGAUUUGCUAAUAUUGUUGCGCGAGCUAGAGACGCGAACGAAAGUUCUAGGCUCAUGGCGAUAAGAACAGGAAUUCUUGUUGGGGACGACCUAUGGAAGGAAAUCCAAAGAAAGGGGGUCAACACUGUGGAUGAGUUCCUAAACAGGGCCCAAAGGUGGAUCAACUUGGAAGAGGCACGAGCUUCAGUUGCAGGAACCAGCCAAGUCCCAGCCCAGCCUGUUGGAGCGACAAUGGAUGUUGCAUCUACGACUCAAACUGUUACCUAGAAUAACCAAGGGGGAGGUACCAAGAGGAAGGGAAAUGGCGAGGGCGGCCAAAGUAGUUCGAAGAAGAAAAAAGCCCAUGGAGAAGUUCAAGCCGAUCUAUACGACUUAUGCCAACCUCACGGAUACUAGAGAAUGCAUUUUCUUGGCGAAUUCUCCCCGCCUCCUGUGGAAAAAGCUGGAGCCUUUAAAAAAUGAAAGGGCGAAGAGAGAUCCUUCAAAAAAAAAAUUAUUCCAUAAUGACACUGGUCACAACACCGAUGAUUGCAGACACUUGAAUGAUGAGAUCAAAACACUCAUCAGGGCCGGACCUUUGACUCAGUAUGCUUGAAAUCGAAUAACUCCCAGUCAGCUCGCGGGACAAAACAUUCCAUCAGCUUCGGAGGCCCCAAAAAAUCAGACUGGAGCUCAGGUGAAUCAGGAUACCCCUCCUCCGAUAACAGGGGGAGAGAUAACAACCAUCUCUGGAGGCCCUCAUCUGGCAGGCACAAGCAGAGGUGCCCAUAAGAGGUAUAUCAAUGAGCUGAUGUCUCACAACGGAGUUGUGUUUGUCCCGGAGUAGAGUUUGUCUAAGCAACAAUGAUUGGAGAAACAACCAAUCAAUUUUGCUGAAGAAGACGCUAGUCAUGUCCAAUUCCCGCAUAACGAUCCUCUAGUCAUAACCAUCCAGCUCACCAAUCGGAGAGUUAGGAGGACACUAGUGGAUAAUGGAAGUUCUAUGAACCUACUAUUCAGGUCCACACUGGAAAAAAAUGGAAUUGUCUGUGACUGAACUGAAGGCAACCUCCAUGAUUUUGUAUGGGUUUUCCGACGAGGGAUCGGAAGCUAUCGGAACAAUCGAGUUAGUGAUAACCUUGGGUGAAGGACUGCGUACUGUUUUCAAACUUCUCGAGUUUGUGGUCGUCGAUUGUCCAACCGCGUACAAUGCAAUCUUGGGUCGACCAACAUUAAUGGCGUUCGAAGCCAUAUCAUCUGUCUGUAACCUUGUGAUCAAAUUCCCCUCAUAUGCGGGAAUAUGUACUAUCUGAGGCGAUCAACUUGUUGCUAGGGAAUGCUACAACAUUUCCAUGAAGGAAAAAUGACAACCCGGGCAGCAAACGAUGACCAUAUAGGAUGAAGACGAGGAAUCCCAGGAAGUAAGGACUGUUCCUGGAAUGGAAGAACCUUUGCAAGCUAGUGGUGUAGAUACUACUCUGACUGACGAUAUCGAUCUGCGAGUAGGUGAAGAUAGAUCUGAGCUCUAAGCUAUUGAAGAGCUCGAAGAAGUAAACAUCAAUCCCAAAGAUGCUUCAAGAAUAGUUAAACUCGGGAAAAAUCUAGACGAUGAGAGGAAGGCGGAGCUGACAAAAUUUUUACAAGAAAAUCUUGAUAUAUUCGCCUGGUCUCAUGAAGACAUGGUAGGGAUAAGUUCGAGUGUGAUCAUGCAUACCCUAAACUUAGAUAAGAGCGUGCCUGCAAAGUCCAAGAAAUAGAGACGUCUGGGUAGAACCCGAGCUGAGGCCCUGGAAGAAGUAGCAAGGAUAUUAAACUGCGAGUUUAUUUGCGAGGCUAAAUAUCUGAUCUGGGUCGCGAAUCCUGUCCUGGUCCCAAAGCCAAAUGGAAAGUGGCGGACCUGCAUCAACUUCUCUGACUUAAACAAAGCUUGUCCCAAGGAUUGCUUCCCAUUGCCAAGGAUUGAUCAGUUGGUGAAUGCCACUGCGGGGCACGAUCUCAUGUCCUUCAUGGAUGCAUAUUCUGGAUAUAACUAGAUCGCGAUGAACCCCGGGGACCAAGAGCAUACUAGCUUUAUGACUCCAACGAAUGUUUACUGUUAUAAAGUUAUGCCCUUCGGGCUGAAAAAUGCAGGGGCUACUUACCAACGAUUAGUCAACUGAAUGUUCGCUGAUCACAUUGGGAAAAACAUGGACGUGUAUGUUGAUGAUAUGCAGGUUAAAUCUAAGACUGCCGAUAACCAUGUCCCGAUCUGAAGGAAUGUUUUGAGAUCUUAAGGAGAUAUAACAUGAGGUUGAAUACCCAAAAGUGUACUUUCGGAGUGACAUCAGGAAAGUUUCUGGGAUUCAUAGUCAACACAAGGGGGAUAGAGGUGGACCCAAAUAAAAUCAGAUUGUUAUUUGAAAUGCCUUCACCCAGGUCGCGUAAAGAUGUCCAGAGUCUGACUAGAAGAGUAGCAGCCCUUAAUUGCUUCAUUUCUAAAUCCACUGACAAGUACCUUCCAUUCUAUAACCUGCUCCGAAGAAAUAAGAAGUUUGAAUGGACCGAGGAGUGCGAAUAGGCAAUUCUCGAUCUAAAAACACAUUUGGCCAAGCCAUCAGUGUUGUCUAAACCAGCGACGGGGGAGCCUCUUUUCCUUUAUUUGGCUAUUAUGGAAAAUGCAUCCAGUGUCGUGCUGGUCUGAGAAGAGGACCAGGUUCAUAAACCAGUAUAUUAUAUAAGCAAAAGACUUCUCGGAGCUAAAUCGCGGUAUCCCUUAAUGGAAAAGGUGGCAUUCUGCCUUAUUCUAGCCUCCAGGAAGCUUAGGCCAUACUUCCAAUCCCAUUCAAUCCAUGUCAUGACCGAUCAACCUUUAAGGCAGGUAUUGCAGAAACCUGAAGCAUCAGGGCGUCUCUUGAAAAGGGCAAUUGAACUCAGCCAGUUCGAAAUACUGUACAUACCACAGACCACGAUCAAAAGCCAAACCCUGGCUGAAUGCACGGGAUUCCAGAAGGAGCUUUUGAAAGAACCAAUACAGGCAUUAUGGAGAAUAUUCGUGGACGGUUCAUCUAAUGAGAACGGGUCCAGAGCUGGGAUCAUUUUGAUCACUCCAGAAGGGCAUCGAUUCCACUCCGCGCUACGGUUCGAGUUCGAGGCAUCCAGCAACGAAGCCGAGUACGAAGCUUUAUUGGCUGGGCUUAGAAUGGCAAAGGAGUUGAAGAUCAGGGUUGUCCAGUGCUAUAGCGAUUCUCGACUCGUGGUAAACCAAGUGUCAAUGGAAUACCAGGCGCGGGGGGCCAAGAUGGCGGCUUACCUAGCCAAAGUGAAGAAAGAGCUAUCAAAAUUUGAAUAUGGCCUAGUCGACCAGAUCCCUUGCGAGCAGAACGCCAAUACUGACACUUUGGCGAGACACGCUACCUCUAAGGAAGUUGAGACUCUGAGCAUAGUACCGGUGGAAUUCUUGGAGAGCCCAAGCGUGGCUGGAGGCACGACGGAGGUUGAGAUGAUCGACAUUAGGCUGACCUGGAUGACUCCCAUAAUAGAGUAUCUUACAACAGGGAAGUUUCCUGAUGAAUUAAAAGACGCAAGAAGAAUACUCUAUCAAGCUUCAAGAUAUGUGAUCGUGGAUGGAGCGUUAUAUCGACGUAGCCAUUCCUUGCCUCUUCUACGAUGUGUUCUACCAGAGGAGGCCAGAACUAUUUUACAGGAGGUACAUGAAGGUUUCUGUGGGGAUCAUGUUGGGGGGAAAAACUUAACCUUAAAAAUAUUAAGGCAGGGAUAUUAUUGGCCCACUUUAUCAAAGGAUUCCAUCUCCUAUGUCCGAAAGUGCGACAAAUGCCAGUUGUUCGCCACAGUCUCCCGAGCUCUGCCAGUCAAGCUGAAAAUGAUCUCAUCCCCAUGGCCAUUCGCGGUAUGGGGAAUCGAUUUAAUAGGAGCCCUGCCCAUGGGAAAAGGAGGAGUUUGCUAUGCGGUUGUGGCCAUUGAUUAUUUCAGGAAGUGGGCAAAAGUCGAGCCCCUGGCAAAAAUCACCUCAAAAAGAGUCCUCGACUUUGUAGUCAAGAAUAUUGUUUGCCAAUUCAGAUUGCCCAAGAAGAUUGUAUCAAAUAAUGGAACUCAGUUCGAUAGCGAUCUCUUCACCAAGUUUUGUGAGAGGCACGUCAUAAUUAUAAGUUUCUCUUCAGUCGCCUACUCGCAAGCCAAUGGGCAGGUCCAGACCGUGAAUAAGACCCUCAAAGAAAGCCUUAAGAAAAGGCUAGAUGAGGCCAAGGGAGUUUGGCCUAAGCAGCUCUCGCAGGUGCUAUGGGUGUACCGGACCUCCCAGUGAACUUCUACGGGGCACACCCCUUUUUCCCUGACUUUCGAAAGUGAGGCCGUUCUUCCCAUUGAAACGAAGAUAGCCACGCAUAGACUCCAAACCUUCAACCAGGAGCGGAAUGAUGAGUUGCUCAACACGUCUCUCAUCCUAAGUGAUAAAAAACGAGAGGAUUCGCAGCUACAGCUCGCACAUUACUAGCAAAAAAUCACUCGUUAUUUUAAUUUAAAGGUUAGGAGGUGUAUCUUUUUUUUGGGCGACCUGGUGCUCUAAAGGGUCUUUUUGGCAAGCAAGGACCCCAAAGAUGGUGCAUUGGGUCCGAGCUGGGAAUGGCCCUAUCAAACAGUGGAGGUCGUACAUGAGGGAACCUUCAAAUUAGCUCGACUUAAUGGAGAAACAGUCCCACGGACCUGGAAUGCUAUGCACCUAAAGAAGUAUUAUCAAUGAUGAUACCACCCGUCUAUGUAAGGCUUAGUUAUAAAAGUCGUUUAAUUUAAGAAAUAAAAUAAUAAAUGUGUAUUUCUUGUUUUUCAUGUAGUUUCAUCCAUGUAUUAGUUCGUGUGAUAGCGUUUGUCCAAAGCAACCAAGAAAGUUCACUUUCUGAUUACUUGGGGGGCAUAUAACCCGAGAAGGAUUAAAACUUGGAAAUUAGUAAAAUUGAUUAACCAGUGUUUUUUCUAAAAAACACGAGGUGUCAAUAAACCUAUCGCGAACUAAGUUUUAAUUAAAAAUCCUGUAUAUGACCAGGUCCAAAACUUGGAAGUUAGUAAAAUUGAUUUACCAGUGUUUUUUCUAAAAAAAACACGAGGUGUCAAUAAACCUAACACGAACUAAGUUUUAAUUAAAAAUCCUGGAUAUGACCAGGUCCAAACCUUGGAAGUUAGUAAAAUUGAUUAACCAGUCUUUUUUCUAAAACAACACGAGAUGUCAAUAAACUUAGCGUGAACUAAGUUUUAAUUAAAAAUACUGGAUACAACCAAGUCUGAAACUUAGAAGUUAACAAAAUUGAAGAUCCAAUGGCUUCCUUAGAAUCCCGGGAUAACAAUAAAACCUAACAAGAACUAAGUUUGAAACAUUCCAAAUCUCGGAUAUAACUGGGUCCAAGGCCUGAUACUUAACAGGUAGGAUAUAAAUCAACAUUAAGUUUGGUUAUAACCAAAAUUAAAAUAUCUAUCCCGAUCUAAAAAUCAUUCCCUAAAAUUUUGAAUGUACAAGUCAUAAGCAUAAGAAAAAAAAUCAAGGAAUAGAUAAAAAAGUUGAUAUUGCAAUUAUAAAUAAAUUGUCUUGAGGAGAAUAAUCUCGUACCGAGCCAAAACGGCAAAUUUUUACAAAAAUAUAUAUAUAUAUAUAUAAGGUAAACAAAGGAAAAAGAAAAUCAAGCCCCUCCAGGGCGCUCUGAGGACGUCACCUCCUCGAUCUCCUACUCGCCAGCGGUGGAGGCUUCCCCAGUCUCAGACUGCUCUUGUUGAUUUCGAGCCUUGAACUUCUCGAGAAAGGGAUCCCAUACUUCAGAGGCCGGGAAGGAGAAGUUGCUAUCCUAGUUGAAGGCCCAGCAAUGGUACAACAUGCUCUCCAUGGAGGUUAGUGAGGCCGCCUUCUCCUCCUUAGCAGUAGUCUCGACCUCCAAUUUCUUGGCCUUGGCCUCUACGAGCUCGGUUUGCAGAGCAGCAAGGGCAGCCUUUGCAGUCUGCUCGCCCUCUUGAGAUGCUACAAGAGCAGCCUUGGCGUCCAGCUAACCUUGUUGAGCAAUUGUUAGGAAAGUCUGGGCUAUCUGAGCAGCCUGGAGCUCAGCCUGAAGCUCGUCAUUCCUGGCUCUGGCCUGAGCUAUGCUUCGGUGCUGAGCCAAGACCCCCUGCAAAUAGUAAAAAAGCAAGUUAGACAUGCACUGAGAUAAAAUCAAAAGAGUAUAUUCAGCUAAAGAAAGUUGGCUUACUGUAAGGUGUUGGUUUUUAUAGAUCAAAUCAGAGAUUAUAUGUAGCGGAACAACAAUCAAAAUUAUUAAUUUAACCCCACAAGAUUUCUAGAUCUACUUCUUCACAUACAUAUAUAUAUAUAUAUUGAAUCAAAGAUAAGAAUAGAAAAUUACCUCAAGUCCUUCCUUGCUGCUAUCCUUUUGUACGGCAAAAAUCCUUGAGAUUCCACAAUAGGAUCUUCCAAAAUGUUCUCAACACUCAGAAUUGCACUCUUUAUGUUAUAGAUAUACUUUUAUAGAAAUCUUAUUCUAAGCUGUCCAUUGAUAAAACCAUCUUACAAUAGUUCAACCCUCUAAUUAAUUAGUUCAUAAAUUAGAAUGGAAUAAUUACCAUUUUACCUUUCUAAUUUACUUCUUAUUCCUUAAGUACCAUUAAUUCACUAGUGAAUAAUUAAUCUAUUAUCUAAUUAUAGAUUUGAGCUUAAAAUCAUUCAGUUCCAGAAUUAACCCUUAAGGACACUAAUAUACGAUAUGUUAGGAAAUAUUAGAUUUCGUAUUGUUGAUACAUGUUCCCAGCCAUCCAUGAUAUUAAAUCUCCAAAAGAAAAGUCAUUAGCCUCAAUCUAUGAAGAGACCUUAACGAAUGAAUCAAAAGAUUUAAUAAACAUGAACAAGAGUUCAUGAACACUCAAGAUUUAGGUUGAUCUAUAAAUGAUCAUCAGUUAUGAUAUGAAUUACAAGUCUUUAUUAUUAAAUGGUUUUUGGAUAAAGACUUUUAUUCAUAUCGGUCCAUGUCAUAUAUAAUCAUAUUAUAUAAAGCAUCUUCACCGAGAUGUCUUACCACAUCAAUAAUCUGAAUCUAGAUUAUUUGUAUGAACAUGAUACUUAGCAAAAUGUGCUUACAACCCUAAUUAAAGAAUUCCAUAACUUCAAUUUGUUGUUGUUGACUAUUUUUAUUCAUUCAUGUGAUCUUAAUUCUCUCGAACUAAUACAAGAUCACAUCCUCAAUAAUGAAUAUGGAAAUUUUCAAAUAUUUACAAAAUUAUUCAAACAAUAAUUUAAUAAUCUUAAUAUAACAAUAAUAAACCAUUGUAUUUAUUUAUUCAUAGAAAUAAUAAAUGUCUUUUACAUACUUUUAGGACAUACUCCUAACAUAAGGUUCA